AUGGCAAGCCCAAGGUGGGAUCACGUCCAAGUAGACUUUGGAAAUGAUGAGACAGGAAAUUUUGGUCCACGUGAAGAGACUGGUACAGCUCUGUUCCAGGUCAAUACAGUUGGAACAAUUUCUCCAGAAGGAGAGGUGACCCACAAUCCAAGUGUCAUUUCCACAGCUGUUAAAGAUUUCACUGCAGUUACCGUUGAAAAUCAAGUUUCCUUGUUCAAUGAUGCCUGUCGGACAUUUCUUGUGACUCUCACAUUUGAUUCUAAUAUAGACGCCAUAGCAUUCAGUGAUGACUGCUUGUUCCUACUCAUUGGAGAAAGAAAUGGUAUCCUCCAUUUUGUCAGUGUCGGCAGCGAAUCAGUUUUCUUCUCGCAGAAACUCGGCCAUGAGAAUAAUGGAAAAAACAAACCAUACUUUUCGCAGUUGCUGUUUUCUUCAUUUACUGAAAAAGGUGUAUGUGAUGUCUAUAUACUGACAUCAGGAGCAAGACUGUUCAUGUUGGAAGGAUUUCGAUCUGAAAAUCUACACAACGCUCUGAUGAGCCGUGAUCUACCCACUGCCAAGAAAAUCCAAGAUUCGAUGAAAAUGCGAGAUGUGGAUGCGAGUGGUUAUCACACUCAUCAAGCAAACUGUAUCGCAAUUCCACAGGAAUGCUCCCGUCAAUACUUUGUCAUUGGGGGCAACGGUGAUGCCAAUCUUACUCAGUGGGAGAAGGAUAAAGAUGGACUAUCACCUGUCAUGGACUUUUGGGAGGAUGCCAUGGAGGAUCCUGGUAUCAACAAAUGUCAAAUCAGCAACGAUGGCUUUUAUGUCUUCACUCUUGACAGUGAGAACCUUUUGAGUGUAUGGGAUGUAGAGAGUGGCCUGUGCAUCAAAUGUUGGCCUGAUGCGCUGUUCCAAGAUUUCAUGCUUCUGGAAAGUGGACAGAAAUCUGAAAGUUUCUUGGAUAUGGAGAUAGUUGGACUGACCCUUCCCGAAGAUGGAGACUGCUUCCUUGAAGUUCGUGAAGUGGAGACAUUUAAAGUUCUGUACUCACUAAAGCUGUCUGAACACACCACCUUGACGCAUGGACCUCUUCAUCAAGAAAAUAUUUUUGUGGUUGAAGGAGCCAGUGGUGAGAACAACAACUUAGUGUCAACUCUUAGGAUCAGGGAAAUCUCGGAGGCUCAGCCAGAAACCAGGUUGUACCGCCUUCUUCACAAGGAGAACUUUGAAGAGGCUGAGAGCUUCGCCAAACUUUUCCACUUGGAUAUUGAGCUUGUUUACAAAUCAAAAGCCUGCCACCUCCUGAAUAAGUUGUCUUUAUGCAAGGUUGAUCGACAUGACCAGGUUGGACAUGGUCAGGAAAACGGAGCUGGGGACUCCGCAUCAGAAGAUGUAGACACUCUGAUCAAACAACUACAGGAAUGCCUGGAAAACAUCAAGGAUGAUGGUUUUAUAACGGGCCAGUGCAUUGGUGCAACUCUUCCCAGCUUUGACUCCACAAUGGAUCUACUUCUUUAUGCAAAGUCAAGGCUAAAUAUUUCGUCCACUCCAGUAGCAGUCAGAAGUGCUCUCAAGGCAAAGUUGUCAAGAACCAUAAACAAACUGCAGACGUUUGAACUGGCAUAUAAGAAACAAAGCUAUAGCGCACAGAGAUGGGAGAACUUCAAGAACAGCAAUUUGCUGCGGGAGAUACUGUCUCUCAUCAGCCAAGACAAGCUUUCUGCCGCCCUAACUAUCUGGCAGCGACAUCAGGGUGAGUUUGAAGAUGACAUUGGUUUGGCGGUCAUUGAGGACGUCCUCUACAGUAUCAACGAGGAGACAAACACAACUGAGAUUCAGCCCUGGCUGGAGCAGACGUUUAUUCCAUUUAUCAUCAGGGUCAGUCCAUACAACUUGCCUGUGGUUGCCGCGUGGAUGGAGGAAAGAACACGACGCAUGGAGAGCACAGAAAAGGCUGGCUGGCCUCAGAAUGCUCUGACCUUUGCCCAAAUCCUGCUCAAAGUCUGCCAUAAGCUCCAGGAAGAGAGUUUUUCGAGUGGAUUCCAUGUUCCUGCCGAUAUUGUGAGUCAGGUAGAGCAGUCAGACAUUGAGGAAUUCAAGAAACUACGCACUUUGAUUAGGCAACUUCAGAAAGUGAAUGAACUCCUUACAGUGUACAGGCUUUCCUUGUCUCUGCCAGAAUUUCUGCGGGAAACUACAGAGUCCAUUGUUUACAGGAUUCUAGACCGAGCUCAUGUCAAGGACAGAAUACCAGCCGCCAUUCAGAAUACAGUGGAACCAUACAUGAAGCAGCAUAACCUGAGCAGGGACAAGCUACUCUUCCAGUAUAUACAGGACCUGAUGCUGAGCACAGACAACUCCCACAUGCUCUCUGUGACUGAGGGGCGAGCCAUCACUGUGAUCGGCUGCAUCAAUUGCAUGGAGUAUAAAUGUCAAGCAAUCAUGAAAGUGAUGUCAAAAGCAUUCACCCCUUGGAGUGAGGCUGUGAGAGAUUUGGUCAAGAUGGGAUUGGCCAUGAAACAUUCCAAGGCGGAAGCGAUCCGUGAGCAUUAUCGUGUUGUUCAACUGAAGGAGAUGCUCUCAACGUAUGGCAUCAGGGAUACAAAAGAAAACAUUUCGCAAGAGAAACUUCUAUACUACAUCUUGAAGCAGGAUCGUACGACUGCGGUGGAGGACGCGAUGGAGGUCGUGAAGGUGUUUGACAACGUGACUGAGGAGAUGGUUUACAUGUUCAGGAUCAGGUUUCUUGUGAAAAAUAACAGACUUACAGAGUGUUUCCAGUUACUUCGCAGCCUUCCGAGUGACAUUGCCAUCAGAUGUGGUGUCAAGAUGGUCAUCAAUACCGUGGAACUGUUGAAAGACGACUGCUGGUUUGAUCCUGAGGGAAAUAAGCACGAAAAGAUCCUGCAGACGAAAGCCUCAGUCGUAAUUUGUGGCCUUAUUUUGCCGCUGCUGAAAGUAGAUGACUACUGGCAUGAUGAGAUCAAGAGCUGCUGUAACGACUUGAAGUACAUCUGUGCCCUUCAGGUCGAAUAUGACGAGUUUCUGUCGAUAGAUGACUACAGUUGUCAGAACAAGAAGGAGGAGUUGCUCUAUUCUCAUAUUGCUGCAUUUUUCUCGGCGAAAGAAACGAAAAAGAGUCCAGCACAGGAUGAAGAUAGGAAAACAAGUAUGAAAAAAGCAAAGAAUUUCUCCACCAUCUAUCGGUUAGCUGACUUGCUCGGUAUACCCAGAGACCAGAUUCGGGGAAGACUCGCAAUUCAAGCGGCACGAGAUGGAAAUGCGCAAACAGCCAUUAAAUUCUGCAGGGAAGUGUUGGAGGAACCAAUGUCUGCCCAGACGGCCAAGGUCCUGUAUGAAGUGGCUCACACAUUACACAGCCUACUGUCAAGUGCAGACCUGAAGGCUUCCAUGGAUACAUUGCCGACAGUUGUUCAUGACAUGGCAAAGAUGGCAGUCACUUUUUGUUCACCAGACAUGCUUGCCGACUGCCUGGAGCUGAGCAAGUGUGCAUCCCGGACCGCUAGAGUUUGCAAGUCUUUGGGGAGUGGGGACUAUGGUUCUUCUGUCAAGGACCAUAAGGAGUCUCUGGAUGGAUUCUCGGUUGACCCGUACAAAGAAUGGAGCUUUAGCCAAGUCUAUAAGGAGGAUGGCCUCGUCAUGGAGUCAAGUAAAGCCAUCCCUCUCAUCAGUCGAUAUUCGAGUGUUUGCCUACCCAGCAUUGGAUUGAAUCGGCAUCCUUAUGUUCAGCACAGGCUUCCAGGAAACGCUUAUUUAGGAAAACGAGAUUCUGAGGUUUCGGAUAGCGAGGAAUCUGUUCAAUUUAUGGAGUAUACAGAAUCAGUCGCAUUGGACUGUGUUCAGUAUUUACGUGAGAACAGCCGAGAUUGUCUUGCCCUUGAGAUGACUAUUGACUAUGCCCAGGAGUUGCUACAGCAUGCGGUUGUCCAGGACAUGGGCUACCCCAACACCCCAGCAAAGUGUGAUGUGUUGAAAUCAGAAAAGCAGGCCUUGAUGAAGAUCGUGGGUGCAUCGAGCAAAACUCUCCGCAAUCUCUUGUUAGCUAUCAUCAUGAAGCUUCUCAACCAUCACUUUAUUGACAUGGAUUUCGCCCUGAAUGUCCUGUGUACGAUGUCCAAGAAAGAUGUCUACUCCUUGUUAAAGAGCAUCAUUGCAAGUGUCGGCCUCAACUAUAAAAGACUAAUGGGGAUAGCAGAGCUAGGGAUCAACUACAGUAUACUGACAGGAGAACACAAGGCGUUGUCCACUCUGCAGGAUCUGAAGAAGAAGGCGACUUGGGGACACAAGCUUGGCAAACUGAAGGUGUCAUUCAAGCGCGCAUAUGAAGGAUGCAAUGAAGAAAAAUGGGAGAUUGUCAAGCAGCUUGCUGAUAUAGAUAUCAGUGUGUCCUUUGUCUUGGAGUUCUGCAGUGAUUUCAAAAUGGACAUGAACAAGGCCUUAGUGCUUUACCUACAGCAGCUGAUGAUCGCUAAAGCUUCCAGUGUGCAGAAUGAGACUGAUCUAGCAUGGCAGAAGAAAGCCAACCAAGUGAUUGAGUGCCUUGGUGAUUCUGACGUCCUCGCAGAUAGCUUGAGGCAUAUCUUGAACAAGCUUGAUCCGUACGACUACACCAAACUUGCCUUUGCUCUCACGGUCCUUGAAGAGAAGUUCCCAGAUGCUUUUGUUGACAAGUGUAAGAAAGUAUUGACAAGUCUGCUGCACUACAAGCGGGUUUCUAAACUAUCAGAAUAUGAACUGACAUAUGGAGAGGAAGCCGUCACUGAGGAACAGUUGAUGUACGAAGGACCCAAAACACUGUCACUUCUGUCAAAGGAUCGUCUGCCAUUCCACCCCCUGAUUCAUGGGAAGCCAUGGAAGAUAAUCACACCUGAGUUGAAUACGAAAACAGUGACAUUCUGGUUGCGACUGACAAAAUUGCUGAAGCUCUCUACUGAUGACAUGUACACAAGUACCAUUCAGAAUGUGGUGCGUCAGCGAAUCAACGAUCUGCGCAUGCGGCAGAACUACACUGAUGAGGCAGAUAAAAGCAAAUGUAACUGGAACAAUGAAGAUGUGGAUGCAGAGUUUUAUGAGGAAAUUCGAAGUAUUCUUCUGAAGAUUAGCAAUGCAGAGUUGGGUGCGGCUUGUGCAAGUUGGAUUGUCAAAGAGCUUCCUAUGGGUGCAGAGAAAGUAUUUGCCUUGAAGGCCUACCUAACCCUCACAGAGAUGUGGUCAUGCGCCUGUGCUGCUGGGUCUACAGAAAAGGAGAAGGCCACUGCUGCUUACAACAAGUAUUCCAAGAUCUACAAACGCCUUGCUACAGAGCAGAUACUCUAUCAGCACAACAUGGCCACUGAUGAAUUCCUCCAGCUUGCAAUGAGUCCAGCCAAGCUGAUAUUCCAGCUUUAUGAACAUCCUAGUAUUGUGGAGAGGUUCAGUGUUCCGUUUGGGAUAUAUCCGGACAUCCACAAGAUGAGUGAUGAGAUUGCUACAAUCAACAGUGUGGGUGUUUCAAAGAUCCGGAUGACACUGGUUGAGAAAUGGCUACCGUCUGCUUCAGAUGGUAAACAAGAGGAUGCUGAUACGACUAUGACCUUCAACUUCCAACUAAAUGCCCCCCUGAUGGAUGAUGAUAAUGAGACAGCAUGGGCAGACGACAACCUCAAAAGGGUGAUCUACCUUUUGCAGAACUUGCCCUCAGAGUCCAAACUGGAACAACUUAUGGUUUUUGCCUCUUUCACGCAUGGAUCCCAGCAGCCAGUCUCCUCUGAAGGCAAGCUCCGUGCCUUACACUGUGCAUUCGCCUUGGCAGAUGCGGAAAAGGUGGCCGUGAUGGCUCAAGUCAGUCUCUCGGAACUUCAAUUGAUGACACGGAAUUUGAAGUACUUGGUUGAUCUGGAGGCAUUGCAUAUUCCACAUAGCAUGCAAUCGUUUGAAGAGUGUAACAAAGAGAGACUCAUACAAGGCAUCUGGAAGACCCACAGUCGGGAAGGAAGGGCCCUGAAACUGAUGUGUCGCCUGUGCCUUGACUUCAAGGUCCAUGACAUCCAGCUGUGGAAUGGCAUCAUCAAGCAGAUGUUAGCCUUUAGCAUGGUUUCAACUCUAAGAACAGUGCUACCAGUUCUAGCUGAUGUCGGUGUGCUGUUGGACUUUGAUAGCCUCGGGCAAGCUUGGAACACCAUCAUUCUGGCCCCUUUUACUAAUGCAUUUCCUCCACUGAAUGAAUCUCAGAUCAGAAGCUGUAUAGAGUCACUCUCCUUGUUAACCAAAUGCCCAUUGCUCCAUGAAUUGGACCUUGGCAAGAUCAGUCAGCAGUUCAUGAAUGUGGAUCUAACCCCCUGUGCUCUUUACUGUUACAUUCUUGCUGGCUCGAGAGGUAAAGGACAACACAACAUACAGAAUUUCCUCAAGAACAUUGAAUUGUGCGAUCUCCUUGACCAGACAGUCAAACUGCAGACAAGUGGUCUGCAUCCUUUUGUGGUGGAUGAUAUCAAGAAAGUUGUGUUUAUGUAUCUUCAAGAAGCAGACGACUUUGUCACUCUUCAGAAGUCCGCUCAUUUCCUUGAUUACCUCAAUCAUUUGAUUGGCCAAGAUGACAUUGAUACAUUACUGACAGCCUCAAUUGCAAGUGACCGAUUGAAAGAAGCCGAACGUCUGGUUGUGAUGUACAACAAUCACUAUGGACUGACCACACAAGAAUCGCCACGGGAUCAACUCAAGUUCUACCUGCGAGACAAAGGUAUGUUCCUCACGUUACGGGAGAAGUUCGAGGAUGAGACAAUGCUGUUUGAGGAGGUUUAGGAUUAUGGUGCCACAGAUGACCUAGUUCUUACGACAUGGACCUCCUCGUCACUUUAUUCCACUGGGCGCAUUGUAUCUGCCACAUUCAGGACUGAGAAAUAUUUGAGCCGAGGCUUCAAAGGGUUACAUUAAGACUGUGUGAGGUAUUUGCAUGUUCAAGUUAUUUCAACAUAAUUCCCACACUUUGUUGACCAAAGUCAAUGAAAGUCAGCUGAAAACACUUGUCUGCUAUACAGACAUAUGAAUCAUAUGUAAAUUACAUCACUUGCACUGGCUAAUAAUUGUUUUAUUCCCAUUGUCUUAAUAAUGGGGUACAUCACCAUUUGUUCGCCAUGGAUCAAAAUAAAUAUGCAUGUUUAAAAUGACACAAUUGUUAUUGUUCUUUUCACCUAAAGCUUUACAUUCUACACAGCAGACUGUUGCUGUUUGAAAUGUGAUCAAAACCUCACUGCUUGCUCCAUCCUCACCUUGACCUUGCGUUGCAAACACGUGACACUUGAAAUAUUCAGUUCUAUUCAGUAAAAACGAGCCUUUGCCUAAGGCCACACCACUUAAAUUUUUAGUUCAGUAGAAUUCCAUCGCUUCGAAUUGGUCUGGCCUUAUGCAAAAUUGUCAAGGGUCCAGGUGUCUUGGCAAGUAUGAGUAUAUGCUGUAUGACUGUCAACACAUCAAUGCAUUGUAUUCCCUUUUGGGUGUUCCCUUGAAUGUAGAUGAGGAAAAAAUCCAAAUGAGAAGUAGCAAGAGUUACUAAGUUUCUUAUUUACAUUAUGAGCACAAGAUUCUUGACAAGUGCUGGAGAGGGACUCCCUCAAAUUGUCAUAUCAAGAGAUCCAGUUGUAAAUUCAAUUUUACUUGAUCUUCGACAACUUCCAACAUAAGACCGGGCCAGUUUCUCCCUGUUCAAUUCCAACACGCUUGACCUGUCCACCAUGUUUGUGUACAGGCGUAAUGAAGCUCCUGUCAGCCUCUUUGCCUCCAGGCAGCUGUACUCUAUAGCUUCAUAGAGGGGGAUCAUUUCAUUAGUUGUUGUGUUGAAAUAUGUCCCCUGUUCCCUGU